UUCUCUUUCUUCUCGAAUUUUCAACCGUAGCUACCAAAACUGAAUAUUUGGCAAAAGUAAGCUGAAGCAACAGUUGAUUGUUCCAAAGGAGAAUCUCCCACCAAGGAGCAACAUUAAGAAAUGAAAAGGGAAACUUUCAUCUUGGGCCUGUUGGCUCUUCUUUCAUAUUUUACGCCUGGAGAAAGUCAUCACUUCCAGCCAAAACCACAUCCAUACCAAAGGCUACAGCAACCCAUUUACCACAGACGACAUUCACAAGUCUCUUCUAUUUACCCAAGAUAUGGUCAAUAUCCACGUUAUUUCUAUGUUUCACAGAAACAGCAAGCUCAAAAACCUCAAAUUUUACCAAUUCAAACUCCAUGGCAACGUGUCUGCCCUCCAGGAUAUACUGCGAGGCUGCUCCAUUACCAUUAUUCUAGGUUUCUAUGCAUUCCUAAUAAACAGUUAACCUCUGACAAAAUAGAAACAAAAGUCACUACACCAGCACAGACCACCAAGCCUACCACAGAUUCAACCACACCAGCACCGACCACCAAGCCUACCACAGAUUCAACCACACCAGCACCAACCACCAAGCCUACCACAGAUUCAACCACACCAGCACCGACCACCAAGCCUACCACAGAUUCAACCACACCAGCACCGACCACCAAGCCUACCACAGAUUCAACCACACCAGCACCGACCAACAAGCCUACCACAGAUUCAACCACACCAGCACCAACCACCAAGCCUACCGCAGAUUCAACCACACCAGCACCGACCACCAAGCCUACCACAGAUUCAACCACACCAGCACCGACCACCAAGCCUACCACAGAUUCAACCACACCAGCACCGACCACCAAGCCUACCACAGAUUCAACCACACCAGCACCGACCACAAAAAUACCUACUACACCUAAGCCUAGCACCUCAACAGCCAUACCUACAUCAACUAACUCUGCUAACAGCUCUUCCUCUACUACUACAUCAAGUACCACCAUCCAAACUACAACUCUGUCACCUUUUCAACAGAUGCUUCAGUGGCUUCAGAUGUACUUUGGUUAAAGUAGGAUGGGAUGGGAUGGUCUCCAAACUGUCAGAACAGUUUUAUCUCUUAGGAUAAAUAAGCCUCAAUGAUGAUUUUAAAGAAAUCAACCUGAUCUUACUAGAAAAUCAAACAAAUAAAAACAAUUUGAGCAAUGAAAUGCAUCUCUUUUUGUCCUGAUGACUACCAUGUUAUCCUGUGUUUUACCAUCUACCACCAACUGCUAAAUGGGCUUCCUAGAAGAAAUCAGGGAGCCUUUGAUUGAAAAUACCUGUCUAUAUACACAGAUGUUUACAUAUAUAUCUAUUGUAAGUUGCAUGAGUUUAACUAAAAACAAAAAAAUACAAGAGCUAUUAAGGCAUUCAAUCUUGUUCCAAUGAAGCUGGUAAGGUACCUAGGCAUGGUGGGGCAAAGGGAAUAUAAAAGUAAAUAAAUUAAAUUAAGUAAA